CUCCCUAAUUUUGUCACAAAAUCAUAUCAUAUACGAUGGCGUCUUCAAGAAAAAUCAUUCUAAUAAGUUGUGAAGGAGAGCGAUUCGAGGUGGAUGAGGCGGUGGCGCGACAGUCACAGACGGUGAAGCAUAUGAUCGAAGACAAUUGCUCCGAGGGUGGCAUACCUACCCCCAAUGUGUCAAGUGCGAUUCUGGCGAAGGUGAUCGAGUACUGCAAGAAGCACGUGGAGUCGUCCAAGGACGACGAAGAUCUGACGGCUUGGGACACGAAGUUCGUGACAGUACUGGACCAGUCCACGCUGCUCGAUCUGACGUUGGCUGCGAAUUAUCUGGACAUCAAAGACUUGCUUGAGCUUACUUGCCAGGCUUGGGCGGACUUUAUUAAGGACGAGAGCCCUGAGGAGGUUAGGCAGAUUCUUGACAUCAAGAAUGAUUUUACUCCUGAAGAGGAAGAAGCAAUUCGUAGGGAGAACCAGUGGGCAUUCGAGUGAAUCAAUUCUUGGGUUUAUUUGGGGUUUAAAAGAGCCAAGUUGAAAGGUGAUUGUAUAUUU